CAGCCACGGGCUGUUGGAGCCCGUGGAGUUAUCUCAUUUUAAUCGUCGCAGCGCUGUGUGUUAUGGACAGGGAAGCUGUACUGUGCUCUGCGCUUCCAAGGGGAUUUCUCUGCAAGGUCUCUGGGCAGCGGCUGAAAUGCCACAGCAAGCUGAGGUGCUGCCCUUCCGCUGUUCCUGACUGAGCAAAGGAGGCUUCUAGCAGGCUCCAGAGCUGGAAAAUCCCUCUGCGUUGAGGCUGCAACACAAAAUGCUCAGCUCUUCCCUGCUGUGAAUCGUGGGCUCUCCAGCUCAGCACCCCGGGCUCAGCGUGCAAACUGUGCACUGCCGAGCACGGCAUGGGGACGUCUCUGGCCGCGGGUCCUGUCUAUCACAGUAGAUAAACCUGAUUGAGCAGAAGGCAUCUCAGUGCCACGUGAUGCCUCCCUCGUUACUCUGCACCAUAAACAGCAGGCCGAUGCUGCAACCAGCUUUCUGAGGGCUGCGAGAUCUGGGAACCUGGACAAAGCCUUGGAUCACCUGAGGAAUGGGGUAGAUAUUAACACCUGCAAUCAGAACGGGCUGAACGCCCUGCAUCUGGCCUCCAAGGAAGGCCAUGUGAAGAUGGUGGCUGAGCUGCUGCACAAGGAAAUAGUUUUAGAAACGACAACCAAGAAGGGGAACACGGCCCUGCACAUCGCGGCCCUGGCGGGACAGGAGGAUGUGGUCCGGGAGCUGGUCAACUCUGGGGCAAACGUCAACGCGCAGUCGCAGAAAGGCUUCACGCCCCUCUACAUGGCAGCGCAGGAAAAUCACCUGGAAGUCGUCAAAUUCCUGCUGGAGAGCGGCGCCAACCAAAAUGUAGCCACAGAGGACGGCUUCACGCCGCUGGCCGUCGCUCUGCAGCAGGGGCAUGAAAACGUGGUCGCCCAUCUCAUCAACUAUGGGACGAAGGGGAAGGUUCGUCUUCCCGCCCUGCACAUCGCUGCCCGCAACGAUGACACCAGAACGGCCGCGGUGCUCCUGCAGAACGACCCCAACGCUGACGUCCUCUCCAAGACCGGAUUUACCCCCUUGCACAUCGCAGCUCACUACGAGAACCUCAACGUGGCCCAGCUCCUGCUGAACCGCGGUGCUAGCGUCAACUUCACCCCACAGAACGGGAUUACUCCGCUGCAUGUGGCCUCCCGCCGGGGCAACGUCAUCAUGGUGCGGCUGCUGCUGGACCGAGGGGCCCAGAUAGAGACAAGGACCAAGGACGAGCUGACUCCCCUGCACUGUGCAGCCAGGAAUGGACACGUGCGAAUCAUGGAGAUCCUGCUGGACCACGGGGCUCCCAUCCAAGCAAAAACCAAGAACGGCCUGUCGCCCAUUCACAUGGCGGCUCAGGGAGACCACCUGGACUGCGUGCGGCUGCUGCUGCAGUACAACGCUGAGAUCGACGACAUCACGCUGGACCACCUCACGCCGCUGCACGUGGCCGCGCACUGCGGGCACCACCGUGUGGCCAAGAUGCUGCUGGACAAGGGGGCCAAGCCCAAUGCCCGAGCACUGAACGGCUUUACGCCCCUGCACAUCGCCUGCAAGAAGAACCACAUCCGGGUGAUGGAGCUGCUGCUGAAGACCGGUGCCUCCAUCGAUGCUGUCACGGAGUCUGGCCUGACCCCUCUGCACGUGGCCGCCUUCAUGGGGCACCUGUCCAUCGUCAAGAUCUUGCUCCAGCGCGGCGCGUCCCCCAACGUCUCCAAUGUGAAGGUGGAGACACCCCUGCACAUGGCAGCCAGAGCCGGGCACACGGACGUGGCCAAGUACCUGCUGCAGAACAAAGCCAAAGUAAAUGCCAAAGCCAAGGACGACCAGACCCCGUUGCACUGCGCCGCACGCAUUGGCCACACGAGCAUGGUGAAGCUUCUGCUGGAGAACAACGCCAACCCCAACCUGGCCACCACAGCCGGGCACACCCCCCUGCACAUCACUGCCCGGGAGGGGCAUGUGGACACCGCCCUGGCACUGCUGGACAAGGAGGCCUCGCAGGCCUGCAUGACCAAGAAAGGAUUUACCCCUCUCCACGUUGCAGCCAAAUACGGGAAGGUGGACGUGGCCAGAGUGCUGCUGGAGCAUGAUGCCCACCCCAAUGCAGCAGGGAAGAACGGCCUGACCCCGCUGCACGUGGCUGUCCACCACAAUAACCUGGAGAUCGUGAGGCUGCUGCUGCCCAAGGGGAGCUCCCCGCACUGCUCGGCCUGGAACGGCUACACCCCCCUGCACAUUGCGGCCAAGCAGAACCAGCUGGAGGUGGCCAGCAGCCUGCUGCAGUACGGGGCCUCUGCUAAUGCUGAGUCCAUGCAGGGCGUGAUGCCUCUGCACCUCGCUGCCCAGGAGGGGCACGCAGACAUGGCGGCGCUGCUCAUCUCCAAACAGGCCAAUGGGAACCUGGGCAACAAGAGUGGCCUGACUCCUCUGCACCUGGUAGCCCAAGAGGGGCAUGUGCCAGUCGCGGAUGUUCUGAUCAGACAUGGCGUCACGGUGGAUGCAGCAACCCGGAUGGGCUACACCCCACUGCACGUGGCCAGCCAUUACGGGAACAUCAAGCUGGUGAAAUUUUUGCUGCAGCACCAGGCAGAUGUCAAUGCAAAGACCAAGCUAGGGUACACCCCUUUGCAUCAGGCCGCACAGCAGGGUCACACGGAUAUUGUCACGCUGCUGCUGAAGCACGGGGCCUCCCCCAACGAGGUCAGCACGAGUGGCACCACGCCCCUGGCCAUCGCUAAGCGCCUCGGCUACAUCUCUGUCACGGACGUGCUAAAAUUAGUUACAGAAGAAACCAGCAUCCCGUUGGUCAGUGACAAGCACCGCAUGAGCUUCCCUGAGACAGUGGAUGAGAUCCUGGAUGUGUCCGAGGACGAAGGCUCUGCUCAGGUCACUGUCAUGGGGGAGGAGCUGGCUGACCCCAGGCCUGAGAAGCAGGAUUCCAGGGAGCAGGAUGAGGAGAAGGAGAUGGAGUUUGUCCCCAAGCUGGAUCAAGUGGUGGAGUCUCCAGCCAUCCCGCGGAUCCCCUGCGUCACACCUGAGACCAUGGUGGUCAGACGGGAGGAGUCUGAGCAGCCGUCCAAGGAGUUUGACGAAGACUCCCUAAUACCCAGCAGCCCCGCGACAGAGACCUCAGACAACAUCAGCCCGGUGGCCAGCCCCGUGCACACAGGGUUCCUGGUGAGCUUCAUGGUGGACGCCCGUGGUGGCUCCAUGAGGGGCAGCCGACACAACGGGCUGCGAGUGAUCAUCCCCCCCCGGACCUGCGCCGCGCCCACCCGCAUCACCUGCCGCCUGGUCAAGCCGCAGAAACUGACAACUCCACCGCCCCUGGCUGAGGAGGAGGGUCUGGCCAGUAGGAUCAUUGCGCUGGGGCCCGCUGGGGCCCAGUUCCUGAGCCCUGUGAUUGUGGAGAUCCCACACUUUGCGUCGUACGGGCGGCAGGAUCGGGAGCUAGUGGUGCUGCGCAGCGAGAACGGCUCCGUCUGGAAGGAGCACCACAGCCGCUACAACGAGAGCUACCUGGACCAGGUGCUCAACGGCAUGGACGAAGAGCUGGAGAGCCUGGAGGAGCUGGAGAAGAAGAGGAUCUGCCGCAUCAUCAGCACCGAUUUCCCCCUCUACUUCGUGGUUAUGUCCCGUGUCUGCCAGGACCGCGACCUGAUUGGCCCCGAUGGGGGGUGUCUGAAGAGUACGCUGGUUCCCAUGGUGCAGGCCACCUUCCCGGAGACAGCCGUCACCAAGAGAGUCAAACUGGCUCUGCAGGCGCAGCCCGUGCCGGAUGAGCUGGUGACGAAGCUGCUGGGGAACCAGGCGACCUUCAGUCCCAUCGUCACCGUGGAGCCGCGCCGCAGGAAGUUCCACCGGCCCAUCGGGCUCCGCAUCCCGCUCCCGCCCUCCUGGAAGGACAAUCCCCGGGACAGCGGGGAGGGCGACACCACCAGCCUGCGCCUGCUCUGCAGCGUUAUCGGAGGCACAGACCAAGCGCAGUGGGAGGAUAUCACAGGAACCACAAAGCUGGUCUAUGCCAACGAGUGUGCCAACUUCACCACCAACGUGUCUGCCAGGUUCUGGCUGGCGGAUUGCCCGCGCACGGCCGAGGCCGUCCAUUUUGCCACCAUGCUGUACAAGGAGCUGACGGCCGUGCCCUACAUGGCCAAGUUCGUGGUGUUUGCCAAGAUGAACAAUGCACGGGAGGGGCGACUGCGCUGCUACUGCAUGACCGACGACAAGGUGGACAAGACGCUGGAGCAGCACGAGAACUUCCAUGAAGUGGCCCGCAGCAGGGACAUCGAGGUGCUGGAGGGGAUGCCUCUGCAUGUUGAGCUCUCGGGGAACCUGGUGCCUGUCAAGAAGGCCACGCAGCAGCGCAGCUUCCACUUCCAGUCCUUCCAGGAGAACCGGCUGGCCAUCCCCGUCAAGGUGCGGGACAGCAGCCGGGAGGCAGGUGGCUCGCUCUCCUUCCUGCGCAAAGCCAUGAAGUACGAGGACUUGCAGCAUGGCCUGUGCCACCUGAACAUCACCAUGCCGCCAUGCACCAAGGGGACUGGCAGCGAGGAGCGAAGGAGGACACUGACACCGUUGGCUCUGCGAGAGAGAUACAGCAUCCUCAGUGAGAGCACUCCGGGCUCUCUGAGCGGCACGGAGAAGGCUGACGUGAAGAUGGCUGUUAUCUCGGAGCAACUGGGCCUCAGCUGGGCUGAGCUGGCCCGGGAGCUGCAGUUUGGGGUGGACGAUAUCAACAGGAUCCGGGUGGAGAACCCCAACUCCCUGCUGGAGCAGAGCGUGGCCCUGCUCAACCUGUGGGUCAGCCGUGAGGGCAAGAAUGCCAAGAUGGAGAAUCUGUACGCGGCCCUGAGGAGCAUCGACCGCAGCGAGAUUGUCAACAUGCUGGAGGGCUCGGGCCGGCAGAGCCGCAGCCUGAAGGGCGACCGGCAUUACACUGACAAGGACUAUUCCCUCUCUCCCUCCCAGAUGAAUGGUUACACUUCGCUGCAGGAUGAGCUCCUCUCCCCUGCCUCCCUGCAGUACACGCUGCCGUCCCCGCUGCGUGCAGACCAGUACUGGAACGAGGUGGCCAUCCUGGACGCCAUCCCCAUGGCCCCCACCGAGCAGGACGCCCUGCUGGAGCUGUCCGACAUGCAGGUGUGGUCCUCGGGGCUCACCCCCUCGCUGGUGACUGCCGAAGACUCCUCCCUGGAGUGCAGCAAGGCCGAGGACUCGGACGCCGUGAGUGAGGGCCGCUUCCCGGGGCAGCUGCUGGAUGAUGCACACGGCCCGGACCACCUGGGCUCACUGGAUCUGGCUGAGGACGACACAGUGGAUUCAGAUGCCAUGAAUGGCCUUAUCGACCUGCUGGAGCAGGAGGAAGGUCAGAGGUCAGAGGUGAAACUGCCAGCGUGUGAGCGCCAGGCCGGGCUGGCGGGGGAGCAGGGCUCGGAGGAUGAAGUCUCUUUUGUUUCAGGCCAGCAGAGGGUGCAGGCCAGGAUCCUGGAGUCGCCAACUGUGAGCCGAGUUGUGGAGAGGAGCAAGGGCAGGCUGAGGGACUGGAAUGCAGAAGGCUCCUUUGUCUCCUGCCUGCAGGACCUGCCUGAGGGCUCCUGGCAGGAGGGGGUCCCCAGAAGCCCACAUCUGCUGCCCAGAGCGGCCCCUGGUGCAGCCCCCCAGGGGAGGGGCCACGAGCAGGUUCUGGGGCCCCCGGCCGAGCGUCUGCGAAUCAACCCCCCCGAGGAGAGCGACUGGCAGCCCCAGCACACGAGGAGCCAGGACUACAGCCAGUGGCUGGAGGAGGCGGAUAGCAGCUUCUUCAGGCAAACAAGGGGCAAUCAGGUGCAGGAUAUUCCGGGGGAGCAGGUGACUGAGGAGCAAUUCACUGACGAGCAAGGCAACAUUGUCACCAAGAAGAUCAUCCGGAAGGUGGUGCGGCGGAUCAGCGCGGGCGAUGAGGAGAAGGAGGUGAUUCUUGAGGGCUCUCUGCAGGAGCCCCAGGAGCUGGAAGCUGAGGCAGAUCACUUUAUGAAAUAUGCCAUCCUGCAUCAGGACAGUCUGGGCCCCAAGGAGGAGGCGCGAGGGCACGUCCCAGAAUCGGAACUGAUCGGGGGCAGGAUGGGGGCUUACAUAGUGAAACGAGCCAGCCUGAAAAGGGGAAAGCAGUGACCCCCCCAGGGCCUCUUCCGAGGAUCUCACCUCCACCCCGAACCACUGAACUGCAGCCACGUGCGGCCAGCCCCGCAAGGAGAGGCGAGGCGAGAGCGGACAGGCGACGGGAGCAGGGCUGGCUGUACACGUUGCUCUAGGCUAAUGGCAUGAUUUCUGUAAGAGACUUACUUCCCGUCCUAGUCGCAUGAUUGACUGACUGCCAACGCAUGAGCCACAGUUCUUACUACGGACGGGGACCCCAGGAGCCAGCAGCACCUGGGACAGCGUUUCCCUGGCAGCGACAGGACUCUGCUGUGCGCACCCUGACUCCGGACGGAGGCUGCGGCUAUGAAGGGCUGCCCAGGGCAGGGGCGUCAGCUCCCACCUAUCCCUCACGUUGUCUCUUGGCUGGGUUUUGCUGCUUCAUCCCCUUCCAAGGAGUGUGUCGGGAGGGGGGAUGUCAGCGCCUAAGGGGGCUGCGGGGGGAGGGCCGAACCGCAGCUCUCGAGGGGGCGCCCCCGGCAAGGGCAGGGGCAGGGGCUUGGCUCGUGGCUGCCCUGCCCCUGUCUCUCCAGGCGCUUCCCCCAGUGUGAGUGUGCAGCUCCCAGCAGCACUGAGCUCCUUGCUUGUGUUGAAAGUGUAAACUGUACAGUACUCAGCCUUGUGUAUAGGAACAAAUCGAUACUAUGCAACGCCCGAGGGCACGCAGCGGUGUGCAGCGCGCUGCCCGCUCAGUGCCCGCAUACCUCGCCGGCUGUAGGACGGGGAUGGCCCCUCAGUCCUCGCCAGGGAGGAGCUCUGGCCAAUGCAGCUGAAGCUGGAGGUGUCAGAGGGCGACAGAGCCAAACCUCCCAGUGUCAGCCUGGCGCUUUUACUCCCCUUGGCCUUGUUCAUUUCCUGACACCCACCCGGGGCCGGGCAGGGGGCCAGGGCACCUGUGCCAGCCCCUGCCUACUUUGGUUACAGAUGGGGCAGAGCUGAGGGCCUCCCACCAGGCCCUGGUUCCCUGGCGCGGGACGGGCAGGUGGCGAGCACUGGCACAGCCCAGCACCUGCCUCAGCCCAUGCUUGGCUCUACCCAGCACAAUGGCUGUUCAGGAGAGAUGCAAGGAAACAGCAGUGGGGUUUGCACCCCUGUCCUCUGCACCAUUCGUGAGGCCCUCCAGGGUCCCACGGCCUCUCUGAAAGGCCAAAAUCAGCACAGCCCCCGUGUCCCCUGACCCUUCCAGGACCAACCCCCAGUGCCCAGGGCAAAGGAGGCCCGUCAGAGCAGCUCUCCCAGGCUCUUGCACUGCGUCGGCACCACAAACCCUACUGCUGCAGUCCGGCCGGAGCAGACAGGGUCACCCUGCGACCUGGAGUCUCAGCCCCGGGCGCUUUAACUGGGGCCAGCAGAGCUCUGUCCCAGGCUGGCCCCGUGGCUCAGCUGUUCCUGCCAACAGCUCUGUCCUGGCAGGAGGCUGGGGGAGGGGGGCAGCUACCUGGGCUAUUUAAAGGCACUCAGUAGAUGGAACCUGUUGUGACGUGUGACCCCAGGCGGGCUGGUAGCAGGAAGGGGGUGCUGGCUGCCAUGUCCCUCACCUCCCCUAAGAGUGCAGGAAGGAGCCAGGCAGAAACAACUGGACUUGCGCUUUCCCCAGGAAGUCGCCAUGGCCCCAUCUCAAAGGGGCUGACGUGUUUCCCGGUGGCAACACCCAGGCCGAGCCCACCACUGGAGCCGGGCUGCAGCCACCAUGCCCAGCAGGCCUUGGCUGGUGGGCAUGUCUAGUAGAAAAGCCCUCUGCUCCCCUGCAGGCUGAGGAGGUGGGGUAGCUGCAGAGACGCGACUAGGCCAGCCUUCUCCUCGGCGAGCAACAAACCACGUAGGGUACAGACCGUCCAUCCAUAACCCUCCGCUCUGUAACAUAACGUCCCUAGAAUGGCUGACUCUGAUAGCAUCUCCGUAGAGUCUAGUGCGGGCCCCCUGCUUUGGCCUCUAUACUCCGUAGGGAAUGCUCCACUGCACUCGGCCGGCCCCGCGGGAGCCGCUGCUUCGCGCUCUGAUUGCUAGUAGGAGCUGGUAGGGGCGGGGGCGCGCUCGACAUGACGCCUAGAGAAUGCUGCAGGCUGUGCACUAGACGCUUUUUAGAAGUUUUAAAAUAAUUUUAUUUCCUUUUUUUACUGUUAUGACAAUGAGCCUUUUGGCUCUCCCUGCCCCCAUCUUAGCCUCUGAUGUAUAGACCAUUCUCCCUGUACACCAGCUACCAGACUACAACUUAAUAAAGAAACCAA